CGUGAAUGAAUGUACAAACUUACAACACCAUAGUACUUAAACCUGGAUUCCAUUUCAUUUACGAAAAUGGUGAUAAACUUGGAUCCCUGUUCCCAAAACCGCAUCAGCCGCUGGAUCGAUUCCAUAUCGCGAUCUGCUAGUGCUCCUCCACUGAACCAUUCAAUACCAAAGUAUAUUCGAAAGGGCAAGCGCGCCGCAUCUGCUGAGAUGAACAAUACCACGACUUCCCAAUCACGUCGCCAGCUCCAGCUGGGUAGACCCCCAACAAAGCGGUCGAGAACCAAUGACAGUCUUGCAUCGGGGCCUGACCAGAGCGGGUCUUCAUCAGCCCAAAACCAAAUCACCACAUGCGACACCUCAACCAGUGGUGAUCGCCAGACAAGCCCGCCACUUGAAACAAUUUCCAGCUUGAGAACUGCGCGCCCGCCCAUAUGGAUAGACAGCGUAGAUGAUCUCCAGAAGGAGGAAGCCCUUCCAGUGCAGGUUACACUACUUGCUCAACGGCUUGCACAUGGUGUAGGUGCCGGUUUCAUUCCGGCAAGGAUGGAGGAAAUCAUGAUGAAUGAUUCUGAAAUCGAGGACGAAGGGUCGACCGAUCCAACCGACUUUUACGAGGAAAAUGAAUACAGUGAACAGGAUUUGGCUGCCAUAUGGCAGAAGGUCAAGGCCAUCUAUCGCAAUGCGCUCGUUUGCCAUUCUCGUCUGAGAGAUGAGAACGCAUGGUCCGACGAGGUAGUCAGACCUCUUAUCCAGUUGGCAAUUGACUUGCACGGGAAAGGUCGAUGGUGGAUGCAGAACAUUAAAUCUCAAUUCAUCGAUCCAGCAUAUCUCUCCACCGUCUUGGCCCCGAUCGAUGGCGAUUCUUCUCGUUACAAAGCGGUCGAUCGCAAUGUCGACUAUGCCUUGUCAUACUCGCACCAUAGCAAGCCUGGCUACCUCGGCCUCUAUAACGUCCUGAAUGGAAGAGGAAAAGGCAAGGUUGGUCCCACUACCGACAAAUUCACAAAGACCACCGCGGUCUUCUCCGGGAUCGAGGUCAAGAGCGCAGGAGGCAACCCCAAUCAAGCACGGCUACAAAUAGGAAUAUGGAUUGCAGCAUCGUUACGCAAGAAGCAGGAACUUGCGAACCUUGCCCAGGUGCAAUUCAAGCCCGCCGAGAUCAUCGAGCCAGUACUCACCGUCAUUGGCCACCAACAUUAUGUCUAUGUCGCAUAUCCGCGCCGCGAACCCCUGUCCGGUGAAGAUGGUACCCAAGUUCUCGGGCCGGUGGAGGUCAUCCAGAAUUUGGGUCCCGCCGAGCCAUUGAGUACAACUUCUCCUCGCGAGAUCUUUCAGCUCAUCAAGCUCUACGGAAACAUCUUGGAGUACGGAAUAGACAGAGGCAAAGAAGGAUAUUGGGGUUCCUUCCUUGGAAAGGUUCUGAGGCAGCUGGCCUACAAGAGACUUGAAGUACAAGCACAAGAUGGUGAUCUUCCCGCGGGCGAAGCGUGAGCAAAUAGUUUCCGGUCUUUUCCCACCGGCUUGCCCUCUUGCGACAUGGGCAUCUUAGUACAGGAGCAGCGAUAUUGGUAUCUUAUGUUGGAGCAGCGAUAUUGGUAUCUUAAUGUUGGAGCAGCAAUAUGGACAUCUAGUAUAAGGAGC